AUGUCAAGCAAUAUCACCCACGGGCCGGGCUCUGUAUCGCACAAGAACCCUCGUGUCCUGGCCUGCGUCUUGUGUCAGCAUCGCAAGAUCAAAUGCGACCGUAACACGCCCUGUUCAAAUUGUAUCAAGGCAAAUGUCACUUGUACUCCAAGCACUCCCGCUCCAGCAAGGAAGCGUCGGAGACCCAAUCAGGACCUUCAGGAAAGACUUGCACGAUGUGAGCAGCUUCUAAAACAAUACGCCGAUGGUUCUGCACCAUCUCCUUCUGCUGUUGGUCAUUCACCUGCUACAAAUGGGACCGUAGAUACGUAUCCUGCGACACCCACCAACAUCGAUGGCCAGUCCAAGUGGAAACCAACUGGCAAGAUGGUCAAGGAAGAAGGCGGGGUGCGAUUCAUGGACAGCUAUCUCUGGGCUAAUAUCCACGAUGAGCUCCAAGCCAUGAGAGAAAUCGUCGACACCGAUGAUCCAGAAGAAGCCAGUGUUAUGGGCUCUGAAGACCUGAGUCCAGAUUACAAUAUCGAUCUUCUGAUACCAGCCGAUUCAGCUACCAGAUCAUGCGAGGAACUCCAGCCUGAGCCAGUUCACAUCUUUAGACUCUGGCAGUUAUUUGUCGAUCGCGUCAAUCCUCUGACCAAGAUCAUCCACGUGCCAUCAGUGCAACCAUUCGCAUUGGAGAUGGCUACCGAUAUCAACAAGAUCCCACUCAACUACCAGGCUCUCUUAUUCGCCAUCUUUACCAUGGCCACAGUGUCCCUUACCGAGGCUGAAUGUCUUCAGAUGCUGGGAACAUCUCGGGAUGAAGCUCUUCGAAGGUACACCAUUGGUACCAAAGUGGCACUCACAAAGUUUAACUUUCUCAAAAAUUACGACAUGGUGGCUCUGCAGGCAUUGCUGCUAUACUUGUUAUCUCUUCAGAACCGAUAUGAUCGACAUGCGGCCUGGAUUCUCAGUGGAAUGGUCGUGCGUAUCGCGCAAAAGAUGGGCUAUCACCGUGACGGCGACUACCUGGGACUUAACGCCUUUGAGACCGAAAUGCGACGACGUAUGUGGUGGCAGAUCAUCCUCCAGGAUGCCAAGAACGCCCUAGUCUCUGGCUUGAGCCACUCGCUUCUCCCAAGCAGCUGGGACACCAAGAUGCCACAAAACGUGAACGAUGCCGACCUUUUCCCAGGAUCAAUCGAACCCGUUCUACCCCGCGAGGGUCCUACUGAAAUGGCUUUUUGUCUAAUCGGCUACCAGAUCGCCAAGUUUCUCGUCAACGCCGAAUCACUCCACGGAACCCCCGGACUAGAAGCUGCCGUCAUGGGACACGACUUUGAAGGCCAAGACCCUGCCAUUCUACCGAGCAUCCAGCAGUACCGAGAUUUGGUGGACAAUUUGGAGCAGAAUUUACUUGAAGUUGAGGCUCGUUACAUCGACCCAACGGCUGGAAACGUACACAUCGCCGCUCUCAGCAUUCGCCCGAUGAUCUGCAGCAAGAUGAGGGAGAUACUGGUCCCCAUGAAGGAGCAACCAGAAUGGGGAACAGAAAUUCUGGACAAGAAGGAUAACCUCUUCAAGAUUGUGUUGAUGAACAACGAGCACAGCACAGAUGCUUACGGCGUGAUGGAUCAGACUGGUUUCCUCUGGUUUCUCAAGUUUCAUUUCCAGAUUGAUAUCUUUACAGUCAUGACCAAGCAGCUCUGCCAACGACCGACUGGUUCUCUCGCCGACCGCGCAUGGAACAUGGUUCAGAAGAUUUACCACUACCACACCGAACUCCUCGACAUCUCCCAAAAGACAUACUACAUCCAAGCCCAAACAACCCUGAAAGCUUGGAAGAACCGAGAACAAGCCUUUAGAGCAGCUGGCCAGCCCCUCGAGACACCAAACUUUAUCUACCGCCUACGAGACGUCGUCAAGAGCGAAAACCGGACUUCAGAACCCUCGCCACAACAACCUGUCGCCCACCCUCCGCAAAACUCACAACAAAUGACCGAUCUUGAUCCAUUUUUGGGUAACUAUUUGGAUGUGUCGACGCUGAAUUGGGAUUUAUGGGGCAACAUGAACCAACCGCCACAGCAGCAGCAGAGUCAGAUGCCUGUUUCGUUAUUUGGCAAUUUCCCAAUGGGCAAUAUGGGCUAG